UCCUUUUAAGUGGUUUUAUCUCAAUUCCCAGAUGGUGGCAAACUGUGACGGCUUGAGUAGGACAAAUGGCUGCUUCUACUGCUCAUCUCUCCCUCCUCUCCAAAUCGUCACCCUCCUCACCUUCAUUGCCGCACGUCCUCUUCACUCUGCCCAAAACUAGCUCCGUUCCGGCCAAUUCCCGGUUCAGAUGCUCGGCCGGACAGACGGGGUUCUUCACCCGGCUCGGUCGCUUGCUUAAGGAGAAGGCCAAGAGUGACGUCGACAAGAUCUUCACGGGCUUCUCGAAAACCCGCGACAACCUCGCUGUCAUUGACGAGCUCCUCCUCUACUGGAACCUUGCCGAUACCGAUAAAGUCCUCGACGAACUCGAAGAGGCUCUACUGGUGUCUGAUUUCGGACCAAGGAUCACCAUUAAGAUUGUGGAGAGCUUGCGUGAGGAUAUAUUGGCAGGGAAACUCAAGUCAGGGAAUGAGAUUAAGGAUGCAUUGAAGAAAAGUGUGUUGGAGUUUUUAACUAAAAGCGCUAAUAAAACCGAGCUUCAACUUGGUUACAGGAAGCCAUCUGUGAUUAUGAUUGUCGGCGUUAAUGGAGGAGGCAAGACAACAUCACUUGGAAAACUGGCCUAUAGACUGAAAAAGGAAGGGGCCAAGAUAUUGAUGGCAGCAGGGGAUACUUUUAGAGCAGCUGCUAGUGAUCAGCUGGAGAUAUGGGCUGAGAGGACUGGAUGUGAGAUAGUUGUGGCUGAAGGAGACAAGGCCAAAGCAUCAUCAGUUCUUUCACAAGCUGUGAAAAGAGGGAAGGAACAAGGUUUUGAUGUAGUAUUAUGUGACACGUCUGGACGUCUCCACACUAACUACAGCCUGAUGGAAGAGUUGAUUGCAUGUAAAAAAGCUGUGGGCAAAGUUGUUUCAGGUGCACCAAAUGAGAUCCUGCUAGUUUUGGAUGGGACUACUGGUUUGAAUAUGCUACCACAAGCACGAGAGUUCAAUGAAGUCGUUGGAAUUACUGGUUUGGUUUUGACAAAACUUGAUGGUUCUGCCAGAGGUGGCUGUGUGGUCAGUGUAGUAGAUGAACUUGGCAUCCCUGUAAAGUUCGUUGGUGUUGGAGAAGGUGUUGAAGAUCUUCAACCGUUUGAUGCUGAGGCCUUUGUUGAUGCCAUAUUUUCAUAAAGCCUAAAAGUCUCUUUUAUAGGGUUUCUUGUCUUACAAUUCAGAAAAGUCCUCGGCAUAAUAGAUGUAGCCAGAAGAGAUUAACCUUGAGGUCAGUUUCUGAGAGUUCAAGAAUACUUUCUCGUACAAACGUGCGAAGAAGUGAGUUUUGGCUGCGGAGAAUUGGCCCUCAUCAAGACCGUACACAAUUAUUUCCUGCUGAUUAUGGUUGCAAUGACGAGAAUUUAAUGUCCGAUAUUUCAUCUCUAAUGAUCACUGAUUUUAGUUCUCCUUUUCUUUUCGGUGUCAACUGUCAACCAUUCAUUAUAUUUAUUCUCAGCAUUUGAGUAAUCUUUUUUAAUUAAA